GGCGGCGGGGCUGCUGUGGCGACCGACGCGCGGCGGUGGCGGAGACCCACCCCCGUCCACAUGGACAGUCGCCGAGGCCUGGGCUGAUGCUCUGACGCCUGGGCGGGGUGGGCGGGCGGCGGCGGCGGCCACUGCUGGAGCUGCGAGGGGUCGCGGGCGCCUGACGGUCGCGGAGCCCUCGCUCGGCUCAAGCCGCUGCGGCCAUCUUACGGCCCCGGGACGCAGGAGGCGUGUGAGCGUCCGCUCCGUUCUCCGUCCUCCGGGGCCAGCGGCGGAGCGGAGCGGAGGAGGGGAGCGAAGCGGAACUUCUCAGAGGCCGGCGCGGCCCGGUGGAUGGGGAGUCGUGUGGCGAGGGGAGCCGGGCCCGGGAAGCGCCGCCGCCGCCGCUCACGGUCCCCGGUAGGCGCCUGAGGAGAAGCAGCCCAGGCCGCGGGCCUCGCCGCCCUCCCGUCAGGCCCGCUUUUGUGUGGGGGGCCCGGCCGGCGGGGAGCGCCCCUCGCGGACGGUCGAACCCGAGGCCCGCCACCCUGCGGCUGCUACCCUCCCGACGCGCGGCCCCCAUUCCCCGCGAGCACCGCGGCGGUGCCGGCCAUGGAGUAAGAAGGAGGCGGCGUGGGAGGAGGAAGAUGGCGGCGGGCAAGAGCGGUGGCAGCGCUGGGGGUGUUUUCCUGAAAGCUUUGGCUAGAUCAGAAUCUAAGAGGGAUGGAGGCUUUAAAAAUAAUUGGAGCUUUGAUCAUGAAGAAGAAAGUGAAGGAGAUGCAGAUAAAGAUGGGGCAAAUCUACUCAGUGUAGAAGAUGAGGAUUCUGAAAUCUCAAAAGGAAAAAAGUUAAGUCGGAGAUCUGAAAUUGUCGCUACUAGUUCUGGUGAUUUCAUCUUGAAGACUUAUGUAAGGCGGAACAAGAGUGACAGCUUUAAAACUUUGAAAGGCAACCCAAUUGGACUUAACAUGUUAAGCAACAAUAAGAAACUGAGUGAAAACACACCAGCUACGGCAUUAUGUUCUGGAACUGUGGUUCAUGGGAGGCGCUUCCAUCAUGCUCACACACAGACGCCAGGCAUCAGAACGGCGGCUCAGAGCAAUCAGGACCGAAAAGAAAGGAAAGAAUACCCACCUCAUGUCCACAAAGCUGAAAACAACCCUAUAAUGUUAAGUCAUGGCCAAGGUGGAGACCAUAUAAUGAAGAAAACUGAAGAGUCGGAAUCAUAUGUAGAGCCUGAGAUUAAGAGGAAAGUCCAGCAGAAGCGGCACUGUAGCACUUACCAGCUUUCUCCUCUGUCCCCUGCCUCAAAGAAGUUUUUGACGCAUUUAGAGGUUUCUGAACAGCGUGAAUGUUGCCCAAAAUGUGGAAAAGAAAAAGAAAAUCAGACCAAAUGCCAAAGUUGUGGUAUUGUUUUUCAUAAUGAUUUGCAAAGAAAUUGCCGACAAGCCGUAACUUUGAAUGAAUCUACUGGACCAUUGCUAAGAACAUCAAUUCAUCAGAACUCUGGAGGACAGAAAUCACAAAACACAGGAUUAACAGUUAAGAAAUUUUAUGGGAACAGUGUGGAAAAGAUUCCAGUUGAUAUUUUGGUCACCUGUGAUGCUAGCAGACAUAAUUACAUACAGACAAAUGGGAAAGUCAUUUUACCUGGAGGAAAAAUACCUAAACUCACAAACCCAAAAGAGCGAAAGAUAAGCGUGUCAGAUUUAAACGAUCCAAUCAUUUUGUCCAGUGAUGAUGAUGACGACGACGACGAUAAGACUAAGAGAAGAGAGAGCAUGUCCCCGCAGCCUGCCGACUCAGCAUGCUCCUCACCAGCACCAUCUACGGGAAAAGUAGAAGCUGCACUAAAUGCAGAUGCCUGCAGAGCAGAGCAGGAAACUAGAAGCAGUCCAGCAGAGCCUGAGUUAAAUACCAUUGUCAUACCAAGAAAAGCAAGAAUGAAGGACCAGCUUGGUAAUUCCAUCAGCACACCUUUAAAACGUCGUAAAAUAAACACUCAUGCAACUUUUAUUCCCACUAUGUCUUUAAGUUGCCAAAACUUUGAAAGUCUCAUUUUAAACUGCCGAAGUAUACGAGUUGGAACACUCUUCCGACUGUUGGUAGAGCCUGUAAUUUUUUCUUUAGAGUCAAUCAAGAUACAUCUAGAUGGACCAGAAAGUGAUCCUGUAGAGAUUAUUUUAAAUACCUCUGAUCUAACUAAAUGUGAAUGGUGUAAUGUCCGGAAAUUACCAGUAGUGUUUCUCCAAGCAAUACCAGCAGUUUAUCAGAAGCUGAGCAUGCAGCUACAGAUGAGUAAAGAAGAUAAAGUUUGGAAUGAUUGUAAAGGAAUAAACAGGAUAACGAGUUUAGAAGAGCAGUACAUUAUUUUAAUUUUUCAAACUGGCCUUGAUCAUCAGGCAGAGGUGGUCUUUGAAAGUAUCAUUACUGACAUUGGUAUAAGGAAUAAUGUUUCCAACUUUUUUGCAAAAAUUCCUUUUGAAGAAGCCAAUAGCAGACUUGUUGCCUGUACAAGAAGCUAUGAAGAAAGCAUCAAAGGAAACUGUGUGCAAAAAGAGAACAAAGUGAAAACUGUGUCCUUUGAAUCUAAAAUACAACUUAGAAGCAAACAAGAGUUGCAGUUCUUUGAUGAUGACGAAGAAGCUGGUGAGAGCCAUACAAUCUUCAUUGGCCCUGUAGAAAAACUGAUAGUAUACCCACCACCGCCAGCUAAGGGAGGCAUUUCUGUUACUAAUGAGGACCUGCACUGUCUAAGUGAAGGAGAGUUUUUAAAUGAUGUUAUUAUCGACUUUUAUUUGAAAUACUUGGUGCUUGAAAAACUGAAGAAAGAAGACGCUGACCGAAUUCAUAUAUUUAGUUCUUUUUUCUAUAAACGCCUUAAUCAGAGAGAGAGGAGAAAUCCUGAGACAACUAAUCUGUCGAUACAACAAAAACGUCAUGGGAGAGUAAAAACGUGGACACGGCAUGUAGAUAUUUUUGAGAAGGAUUUUAUUUUUGUACCCCUUAAUGAAGCUGCACAUUGGUUUUUGGCUGUUGUUUGUUUCCCUGGUUUGGAAAAACCAAAAUAUGAACCUAAUCCUCAUUACCAUGAAAAUGCAGUCAUGCAAAAAACUCCAAGUGCAGAGGACAGUUGUGUUUCUUCUGCCAGUGAGAUGGGUGCUUGUUCACAGAACUCUGCUGCCAAGCCUGUGAUCAAGAAGAUGCUAAAUAGAAAGCAUUCCUUAGCUGUGACUGAUUCGAGUGCUGCACAGGAAGAAAGUGAGCCUUGUUACCGGAGAAACACAUACAGUGUGAAGUGUAGUAUGAAAAAAAAAAAUCAUGCUAUCAAUGAAAAUGAAGAACCAAGUAACGGAGAAUCUGCGUGCCAGGACAUUUGUGAUAGAAUCCAAAGUGAGAAUGGCCUCCGGGAUGAAUGCUUCAGUUCUGCACAUCAUCCAGAUGCCUUAAGCAAAAUCAGACUAAACUAUGGUGAUCAGUCAGCAGACGGUGGAAAGCUGCUUGAAGAUGAGCUCAUUGACUUCUCAGAAGAUCAGGAUGACCCGGAUGAUAGCAGUGAUGACGGACUCCUUGCUGAUGAAAACUACAGUUCAGAAAUAGGACAGUGGCAUUUAAAGCCUACUGUCUGUAAACAACCUUGUAUCCUCCUUAUGGACUCACUCAGAGGCCCUUCUCGGUCAAAUGUUGUCAAAAUUCUAAGAGAGUAUUUAGAGGUGGAAUGGGAAGUGAAAAAAGGAAGCAAAAGAAGUUUCUCCAAAGAUGUUAUGAAAGGGUCCAACCCAAAGGUCCCACAACAGAACAACUUCAGUGACUGUGGCGUGUAUGUGCUGCAGUAUGUAGAGAGCUUUUUUGAGAAUCCAAUACUAAAUUUUGAGCUUCCUAUGAAUUUGGUGAACUGGUUUCCUCCCCCCAGAAUGAAAACAAAAAGAGAAGAAAUUCGAAACAUAAUUUUGAAGCUGCAGGAAUCGCAGAGUAAAGACAAGAAGCUGCUAAAGGACUCCUCCUUAGCAGAGACGUCCUUAGGGGAAGGGGCGGAGCAGUAUGCCAGUGCCAGUGGUGGCUCAGAGUGAUGAGGAGGCUGGGCCUGGAAGGCUCUCCCUUCCCAGUGACAGACACAAUAUUCACUCUUGGGGGAGACUGUAAAGAGCUGAAGUGCUCACUACUCAGAGACUCGGGUGAUAAAGCCUGUAAAAAUGUCAUAAGUGAGUUCCAAAGGAGUGUGUAUUAAGUAAAAGUCUGUAAAUAUGUUAAUGAGGCCAACUUUUCCAACAUUUAUAAUUAUUUUUUUCACUUUUAGGAAGCCUUUGUUAUGUAUUUUCUGUUAAUAGUACUAAAACUGCAACUUCUAAACACAAAUAAAGUAUUUAUAGGAGGAAAUGAUUAAUUUGAUAUUCUUUAGUGAACUUGCAUAAUUCCUCAGUGUGAUUUUAUUCCAUGGGAAUAGAAGUAUCUUUUGAGGUUUUUUUUUUUUUAACCUUUGUUCUAAAAUAUGAAAAUAUAAUUGUCAAAGACAUUUUAAACUACAAAUGCAUCUUUAUAUGCUUGCAUAGCAAGAAAAUCUUUUCAAUUCAUACUCUUUCAUCUGUUCAGAGAACCCCCAAAGUAUAAUAACUAUUCAUAAUUUUACACAAAUACUUAAACAUCAUUAAGAGCAAUCAAAGACAAUGCACCUUGACUUGUCCUAGUGAGCCGACCUACACCGGCCUACCCUCGGCAACUCAGGUGAAGGCUGUCCUGGCAGGGGCAGCUUGAAUCUCAAAUAUCCAACAGUACCUUUGCAGUUCAUCUUACAGCGUGUUGCAGCCUGAAUGACAGAACUAGUUAAGGAACAGUUUUAAUCUGUGUGAACAUGGGCUUUCAUAUAAGAAUUUAUUUUCUGUAUCUUCUGUUAUUUUUCACUAUUUUGUUCUCAUUGUUUUGAUAAAGUACCAGGCUUUUUGCUUGAGUUUUUCUGAGUAAAUUAUUUUAAACUGCGAACAUACUCUCUUUAACUGCAUAGUGCAGCAGAAGCUCUCAUUUUCAAUUUUCUGUUUCAUUUGAAAAAAUGUGAGGUUGGGCCUGUAGUUCAGUGGUAGAGUGCAGGUUUAACGUGCACGAGGCCCCUUGAUUUAACCCAUGUAGCAAAUAAAAUGCAAAAUUAUGAGGUAUUUGAUGCCACAUUUGUAAUUUAUGUAGAGUUUUCACGUGUGUGUGUGUCGAAACUAUUAUUUUCUCAAAUGGUAUAUAUUUCGGGUUAAGUGUAAGGCUUAAAAUAUGUAUUUUAGCCCAUUUUUGUUAGUGAAUUUUUAAAUGCCCAUACAACAACAACAACAACAACAACAACAACGUUGAGAGUAAAAGGCCAUUUUGUCAGCAGACACUUUAUUUUUAAUGUGGCCGUGUCUGGCACUGUGAGCCACAAUUUAGACUGUUUAGUGAAGUAUUGGGGAAGGGUUUAAGUGGUUGAGAAUGUUAACAAAAACUUGACUCUAGUGACAACUGAAUUUAAGGAAAAGUCACUUAGUGCUAGCAAUCCUGUGUUUUCUCUUUUUUCACUUUGACCUAUAUUUCUUACUUCUGAUUAUUUCUUUUUAGUAAGACUUUAUAGCUCCUAGGCCAUAUAAUUAGCUAAGAUAUGUUUUCUAAUUUAAUUUAGUUAGAUUCUAAUUAAAUUUGAUUAGAAAAGUUUUCUAAUUUCUAACUGAAAAUGCCAACAUGCUUUCAUUCUCUACUGAAGUUAAGACCAAGAAAGGGGAAUUUUUUAAAAAAAACGUAAUAGAAUAAACAAGAUUGGCAAACUUUAUCUUUGAAAUGGACUUUAUUUUGCUAAAAUUUUAGGAAACUGGAAAAGUUACCGUAAGGACAAGGUAUACUAACACACAGCAGUUAAUACCAGCUGCCUAGGGGGCUGAGGUGCUUGCCCACUUGAGCCUGGCAGUUAAAGGUCAGACAAAAAUAUGGUGAGACACUGUCUCAGACAAAACAAAGUAUUUUAAAAUGCUUGUGGUGUUUUUGUUUGGUUCUUGGUAGCUAUAUUUUGUAGUGUUAGAUAACUUUUGAUAAGGUAAAAUUAUAAAUUGUUCCCUGGGCUAAUUCUGGUCAAUUUUUUUUUUUUUAAUUUCAAUAUGAAAAAUAAAGACUGCUGUGUGUCAACUCUCUAGAGGUAGAACACCUAGCUCUUUGGUAGUUUUUGUUCUACCCCUGUAAAGCCUUUCCCUUCUGCUGGUUAUGCUAAUGCCCUUACAACAUGCACAUUGAAAUCUUUGGAACAUUGACAUUAUACUUCAGAUCUUUAGAGAGGCGCAUUUGCUUGAUACUUGUGUCCUCUGGUUCUUUUAUAAAUAGUUUAAAGUGAAGAUCUCCCUUUAAAAUGUGUGAUUAGUACAAGCUGUGAGACAGAACUUGCAGUCAGAAUCCUGUCACUUGACACCACAGCUGCAUGAGGCUAUCUAGUGACUUCACUAAUUAGAUAGAGCUGCUGUAUUGGUUUUCUUGUUGGAUAGAAUAACAGUUAAUCAUUUUUAGAAGAGUUUUAGAUUACUUGACAUAAAAUUUGUAUGUGCCUGAGCUCCUGGUAGUUUAGGAAUAAAGGAACUGUUAACCAGUCUCAUCCCUUUGGUGUCACUGACUUCAGACAGCUGAGAACUGGACUGGGUCAGCUCUGCUAAAACCUGAAACAGUUAGCUUUUCUUUGCAUGCUGCUUGUGCUUAACUGAGUUAAUUAAAUGUAGAAGGUUUUAUUUGAAAGCAUAAAAUGAUUUGUGUUAUGCUUUGUUACUAAAAUGAAUUCAGUAUUUUUCUCCAAGAAACCUAUUUGUAGUCCCUGAAGACUGUGAAGAUAGAAAGUAAAUAGAAUGCCAGUUCUCUCAGAACUACUCUACAGACUCAGUCUGAGUCUGUCUGAAUUAGGAGUUGGGGGACUGAUAUAUAAGAAAGAACUAGCCUUUUAAGUGAUGAGGCAGAGUGGCGUCUGUCUAGGGCAAAAGACAUCAGAAGUGAGGACAGGAGGUAGGAAGAAGCCUGCCAUGACUGGAGACUGGCAGUUCAUGUCCAGGGUCAGGUGUACAGAGCAGCUCCAAGUGCCUUAGAGCACGCCACUGCACUUCUCAAAGGCUGUCAUGUGGUGAUUAAUAUGCAGAAUUAUUAAGUAAAAGCUCAGACCACCAUAAACUGUUGGGCCAUAUCUUCUGUUCCCAGAUCCACUAGAGUGAACAACUUAAGAUGUUUCAAGAACUAACCUUUAAAAGAAGAUGAUUUUAAAUUGACUUGAGGGUUUAAAAACAAUUUUUCAACAGUUAUUUAGAAUUUUGAAAGUAACAUGCAUUGGUGAAAUGAAGUUUUAUGAGAAGCCUUUUUUAAAAAAACAUGAAAAUAACUUUUGCAAGAAAAGGUUAUAAAUUUUUUUCACAUUAAUGAGUUUAUUUAGGGAAAAGAGAAUUGAUAACUUUUGUAAAGUUGUCAGAUCCCAACAACAUGAAAGUAGAAAUUGUAUAAAAAUGGAGUGAGGUGAAAGCCUGUCUGGAGGCCCCUCCCUUUUCUCUGGACCUCUUAUUGCUGGGUUGAACUUCCCUAACUUCCACUCCGUCUUCUACGUUAGAACUAAAUGGUAGGUGAGCUGCAUAAUACCUAAAGGCAUGGGCUUUUUUUUUUUCAAAGUCUGCACAUUUUUUUUUCUUUUGUAAGUAGGAAUAGCUUUAUGAACAUAACUUGAAUAUUUUAAACUUGCUGAAAGUUGUUUAAAUUUAUAAAAAGUUAUCAUAAUUAGCUUUAUACAGGUAUCUGUAAAGGAGUUUAAUUAGAUUAUAAAAUUUAGCUGGUUGGUAGUGGCACACGCCUCCAGCACUUGGGAGGCAGAGGCAGGCAGACUUCUGAGUUCGAGGACAGCCAGGGCUAUACAGAGAAACCCUCACUUGAAAAAAAAAUUAUAAAAUUCAUUAAGCAUUCAGUAUUUUGAGCACCUGCUAUGUAGUAGAGGACCAAAUAGACACCAUGCUCCCACUUCACAGUGUAGUGGGAAACGCAUUAAUCAGCUUCAUAAAUGAGUGCCAGCCAAACGGUGUGUAUGGAGCUGGCAGUCUCCAGUUCUCAGGUUGGAGACUUCCUGAAGGGGUGAUAUUUGAAUCACUGGUAGUAGUAUAAGGAGGAAGAAUAAAGGCUAAAGUAGAAAAAAAUGAUGCUUUUGCCUAAAAUGGUAAUUGCCUCAUUAAUAAAAAAAAUUACUAAGUGCUAGACAUUGUUUAGAGCAUUUAAGAUGAAUGAAUUCACUUCCUUAAAGAUCUUAGGAGGUUUGUGUACUGCUAAUACUUAAUAUUUUAUGAGACAGAUAGGUCUGAAGAGUUUCUUGAAUGCGCAGCAUUAAAGUCACUAGGUUAACCUGGACUUGAUAAAUUAGGUGAGUAAGAUACUGGUGAUUUUCUAGAGAUGCAAUAUUGUAGAGUCUUCAUCUCUGAAUUGGGGUGUUAGGGGUUGCUCUGAAGUAUGCUUUUUUUAAAUGAUGUCUAAACAUUUUCAUAGUUUCUUAGAAUGCCUUAUAUAGCCAAGUUCAGUGAAGUAGAAAGGGAGGAGGCUGGAAGCUGGGCAUGCAGGACCUUGUGGCCAUGUCAAAGAUCAUGAUUACUACUGUGAGAAGGUAUGGAAGCAUCAGAACAGAGGAGUAACAGGAUCCAGUGUGAAUGCAGAGAAGAUCAUGGAUUGAUGAAAAGGGGACCAGGAGGAGUGCAGUCUCAUCAUGAAGCCAUGAGAUCCCAAUGUGAGGCGUUGAGUAAUUACGCCUGUGUGGUAGGAAUGCUGCAAAGACACAGUGGUCCCAUUUGAAAUGUUCCUUUUAGGAACAUUCAACAAGAACACAAAAGGCUGUUCUGUACCCCAGUCAGAGCUUGUGUUGUUUCUUAAAUGAUACAAAGGUAGCUCAGUCAUAGACUGCUUACUGUAGAAAAAAUGACUAACGUUAGCCAUUACUAACAUAAAAUAGGUUGUAGAAACCAAAUCAUUUCUAAAACUUGUGGGACACUACCAAAGAGAUAAAGUAUGUUGAUUUUUUUAAACAAAGCUUUCUAUUUUUAAAUGUAAACUUCAUGAAAGGAAGAUGUAACAUUAAAACACCAGUGUUCCUUCUCAGAAAAGACUAGAUGGGUGUAACCCAUUCUUGAUCUACUUGUACAAGAUGUCCAACCUUGAAGCUAUCCCUGUGUUUGCAGAGUUCCACACUCCACUCCCUGUCUCCUCCUUGUCAGCUGAUUGGGCCCAAGUGGAGCAAAUGUAGGUAUUGGGAAUUCAGGUUGAAAGUAGGUGAUAAUUUGCAUAUUGAAAGAAAAGAAAGUGUGAAAAUGGCAGUCUAAUAAAUUACCUUAUCCUAAGAUGGACUUUCUUUUAACCUCUGCAACAAGGCUGUAUCUUCUCAAAUAAACUUGACUUUGUCUCAAAAUUAAUGGAAAGCAAAUAUGAAUUGCUAAGCCUGGUCCCUGGUUACCAACUCUGGUGUGCAAUGUAGUCCUUAACUUUUCAGCCCUGAAAGAUUACAGGCAAGAGCACACUUGAGAACCACUGAUCCGCAUGACUUCCUAGUGAUGGUAUAGGCAGCUGUGGAAGCCCCAGUGCACCGCGAAUCCCGAGCAUCCCAAGCAUCCCUCCCCACACUGCCUUGCUGAAGCACUAUGAGCCUGUCUCCUACCUGUGUUUUAUACCUGAACUAAGGCAUGUAAUUAAAGUUGUGAUUUUUUUUUAUGCUC